AUGGCAGCGGCCGUCGCACGCAAUCCUUCUUGCUCUGGGGCUGGCGCCAGCCGCCGGGAUGAUUCAAAGGGCGAGUCUUUACCCAAGCGCCUCCAGAGUUCCCGGGCUGCCUUAGGCUCUCGGGAGGGCAGGCCCGCGGCGAGCCGGUACCCGUUGCGGGGGAUCCCGGCCGGCAUCUGGGGGUCGUCCCGGGAACGCGGGCCGGGAUCACGAGCACGUUCCAAGCUGCGCGCGGCGGGGUCGCACAGGCAGGCGCGGAGCGCUUCCGGGAGAAGAGUUCCCGCUGCACUCGCGACCUCUGACCCUAGCUUACGGGCCUGCAGGCGCUCGCGGGUCUGGCCGGCCGUGCUCCGCCCCAGGCCCCUCCGCGCAGGAGCUGCCAGCCGCGGUUCCCAUGGCGACGGGGGAUGCUUCCCCGCGCGAGGCCCCGCCCCCAGCAGGCCAGGCUGCUCGGGGCCGCUGCGGCGCCGGCAGGUGCCGCGGGCUGCGGGCAGGCGGCGGCGGCUGCAGGGUGUCCCUAAGGAGGAAAGGCGGCGACCCCUUCCUGUCUUGAGUCACCAGGCUGUUGCUGAGGUGGCUGUAGGAGCACGGGAGAAAGGUGUCCCUAAGGUGAAAAAGUGGCAGCCCCUUCCUGUCAUGAGUCACCAGGCUGUUGCUGAGGUCGCUGCGGGAGCAACGGAAUAUGGAACCCAUGAAAGGGAAGACCUUUUCAUGGUAGAUGUGACGAUGUGGGACGAUACGGAGGACCAGUCUGUGGCCAAGUUUCGUUGGCCUCUGGAACAACGGAGAAUGGUACAUAUUCUGGAAUCAAUCAUUUGCUGUCUUUAGUCUGGAGAGUCCUUCUGACUUUGGGUUUCCAAUGAAAUGAAGAUCACAGACGUAGUGAAAAAGUGGAUUGUCCAUGGAUGAUUGCCAUGAUGACAACUAAAUGGUCAAGAAUAUCUUCCAAGGCAGGUGACUCUGAAGACGGCUGACAGUGUCCAGCAGCAAAGCAUGGGAUCUCAGGUUUUCUCUGAAUGGGCCAACCUCUCAAAAGUGAGAUCAUAACCAAAAUGGGGGACUGAGAAUGAAAGAUACAAAUGGACAGUGGCCUGGCCAUAUAUAAAAAUAGGACUCUGACAUGAGGUCUGCAGCAACCAGCCCAGGAAAUCAACCUAUUGUCUACAGUUUAGUCAUAUUACCUAGAAGUCAGACAUGUAGAUGUCAGACCGCUCUCUCGAUCAAACAGCCUGUAAGCUAAAUAAUAACCUCUGUAAUGAUUGGCCCCAGAUGGCCAGGACUUGAUUGUAACUGGGAGUACCCCUGAAUUUGUCCCUAUUGCAACUUAAGACCAGCAGAUAAAACCACAGAUGCACCCCUAACAAUGAUAUGGGAUGCCCUUCUAGAACACUUACCACAGCUUCCUUAUGCCAGUAGUCUCCUGCGUCACUGAAACCUUGUCUUCUGUCUCUACUAGGUUUCCCUACUCUUCUGUCCAUCUCUGAGUCUGCCCAAAUGCAAGGGAUAGUGGCUGACUCCCUUGCUCUAGCAAACUUUGAAGAAAUCAUCGUUAUGUAUUA